UGGGGUCAAUAUUGGUUUUUGGGUUUUUUUGCAAUGAAAAAAGAGAGACCGUGACGGCUGUUGUGGGGGCCGUAAUGGCUGUUGUAGCCUGUAUUAUAAAGGUAAAGAUGGUGGAAAUUACGACCACUAUUACCGUUACGGAAUACCUUGAUUGUAAUAUACACUUAAAAGCAACAUUUGGCUUCUGAAUGUUUUUCAUUAUCAUUUAUUUAUUUUUAUUCUGGAUGGACCAUCACCAAUACUGAUUGGAAAGACAAUGGAAAGAAUUUACCAUAUAAAUUAUUGGCUGCUUAAACAGUUGAUUGGUACUGGAUGAAUCAAGGAUUUAUUCUAGGAUGAUGACUGGUAACAUGAUCAACUGAUCCCGUUAUCUGAGACAGUUGGGGGCCGCACAAAUCGAGAGGGGUCCCCUCUGAUCGGCAUUAACAUCCUUUACCCCUUGUAGGGUUGGAAGCGUGCAAAUUUGGUGUUUGAAUGCAUUAGGAAGUCCAGACUGGUGAAUGUAAAUAUAGAACAAAAUAGAGGUGGAGUAUUUGAGAGAAUGAUCAUGUAUGUUUAUUAAAUGCUACGGGAUGUUUUGAGGAUAAAAGCAGAACAUCCUGAUGAUAACCAAUCCAUCUUGAACGAUUGGGUGAAAGGGCAGCUGAAAGUCACUCGAGCAUUUGGUGCGGGGUUUCUCAAAAAGCCGAAAUGCAAUGAAGCUUUGCUGGAGAUGUUUCAGAUUGAGUACAUUGGGACUGCUCCAUACCUCAGUUGUAUUCCUUCUGUUCUCCAUCACCGUCUAUGCUCGAAUGACCGCUUUUUAGUCCUUUCUUCUGAUGGGCUUUACCAGUACUUCAGCAAUGAAGAAGUAUGGGACCAUGUCGCAUGGUUUAUUGAAAACGUCCCUGAAGGUGACCCUGCACAGUACCUUAUCGCGGAGCUUCUCUUUCAUGCUGCCAGAAAAAACGGUCAGUUGAUCCAUCUUGUUUUUGUUUCAUUGAUCUUCAUAAUAUUAUUGCAUUUAAUAAAAAAAAAAAAAACAGAGGAAGAAAAAAGGAAUCCUGCCCAUGAUUACUAGCCUACCACUCACUGGCCAUGCUGUCUUGCUGUGAUACCUAAAUUUCAUGCAUGUAAACAAGGAUAUGGGUACGGAAUUGUCACCGGUUGGAUUUUAAGCAUUGGUAUUGCAUAAAGCCCCACAUCCAUAUCCUACAUAUCUGCACGAGAGCUUUGGCCAGCAGAUAUAGCAUGGUGAUACAAAGAAAUGGGACUGUAUCCGUUAGACACUUUUAUUCUACGUAAAGAAUCCUACUGGACUUUAUUUCUAUGUAUUUUUGAAGAACUUUGGUACUCGGGAUGUAAGAAAAUUACCAACGCCCUAUAUUCGACGUACAUGUGUGGCCUACCUAGUGAUUGGACUAGCCUGGCUUUUGUAACAGGGCAUGUUCAUCUGGGAUCCACCUGGUACAUGGAAUGGAUCCUCACACGUGUGCUGUAA